UGGUUGGUGGUCAAUAAAUCCUUCCACAGACACAGCCAGAGCCAGAGCCAGAGCCAGAGCCAGUCUUAUAAAAUCCUCACUCUCUACCUCUCUCUCUCGCUCUCUCUCUCUCUCUCUCUCUUUUUGUAAGAGCUUGUCUGAGCUGAUCAAUCUGCUUUGGCAGUCUCCAUAUAUGCACACACAGACAUAUAUACAUACACAGAGAGAGAUCUAGUCUGGUGUGUCGUCGAACGUCAUGGCAGGUUCGAUGUUCGGGGGAGGAAGAGAAAGAGCGGGUAUGGUGGGAGCUGUGGUGGUGCUGGCGGUGGCUCUGGGGUUGCUGCCGGCGUUGACGGAAGCGGCGGUGUACAAAGUUGGGGACGCCGCCGGGUGGACGACCAUCGGCAACGUCAACUACAAGCAGUGGGCUGCCCUCAAGAACUUCCAAGUUGGUGAUGUCAUCAUCUUCCAGUACAACCCCCAGUUCCACAACGUGAUGCAAGUGACGCACGCUGAGUACAAGGCGUGCAACACCACAUCCCCGAAGGCGACCUACACCACGGGCAAUGACUCGAUCACCAUCACCACCCGCGGCCACCACCACUUCUUCUGCGGGGUCCCAGGCCACUGCCAGGUUGGGCAGAAGGUCGACAUUAACGUGCCUCGGAUCCGAGCGUCUUCUGCCGGCCCUAUGGGGGCUCCUGCCCCUUCCUCCGGGGCAACAGACUCCUCGACCGUUCCAGCAUCCGGGGUGCCGGGUCCCUCUCCGAACUCAGGAUCCGCUCUUAUUAGUGCUUUUGGGGCCGGUUCUUGUUAUAACCUAGGAAUGACGAUCGUGCUUGUCCUUGCGUUUUACAGUUCUAUUUUCGUCUAAAGCGAGUUGAGUUUCGUACAUGUGAUUUUGGUGGCUUUUGGCAUGCUCGUGAUCAUAUGAUAAUGUCGGUAUAGCAAAGUUACAAUGUACUUAGAAAUUUCUUGUGUUUGGCCAAUACAGUCUUGUUUUGAGUCCUUGACUAGAAUAAUAAUCGAUGUCAUGCCAGUGGGUCGGUCCAUCUUCGUUUUA